AUCCACGAUAAAGUACAAAAUAGCCAAUCAUAAGACAAGAAAUGUGUUGGUAUUACCUCUUGCCAGUGAUAGUCGCAGUUCGUCUCGAAGCCCAGUUUCAUCGAGACAAGUUCAAUUUACUCAUCCGCAAAUUAAAUGUAACAACGUAGAGAGCCCUAAGUAUAAUGGAUUUGGAAGUAGGAAAAGACGAUUUGAGUGUAGAAGAAGGAAAACUUGUUGUGUUUACUGGUGUGGAGUGUGAAAUCUCAAGUCGGACAAUAUUCAACAAAAAAUCUGCUAAACCUACUUCGCAAAACAUCCUCAGCGGUGCUUCUGGCGCUUUAAGGCCUGGCCGGCUUACCUUCAUCCUCGGACCCUCAGGAGCUGGCAAAACUACUCUACUCAAUAUAUUAGCUGGAAGAAAAAAGACUGGCGUAACAGGAUGUCUACAUGGCGCCGGGAGGAACAUUGUGCUGGUCCCACAGCACGCAACCCUCAUAGAAAACUUGACGGCGGGUGAAAUUCUUCAUUUCGCUGCGAGUCUCAAUAUACCACAUGCCAGUCGCCGUGAACGACAUAAUGCGAUUGAAUCAAUAACAAGACAAAUAGGAAUUUACGAUGUCAUCAAUACAAGAACGGGUCGUUUAUCUGGAGGGGAGAGGAAGAGAGUGACCAUAGCCUGUGAACUGCUGACCGAUCCUCAAGUCAUGCUCCUUGAUGAACCGACCAGCGGAUUAGACACUGUCUCCUCAAUGUCAGUAACGCGUGCACUACUAGUGAUGGCACGCAGUGGGCGCACUAUAGGAUGUGUGGUGCAUCAACCUUCUUCCCAACUCUUCAACUCGGCAGAUGACGUCAUACUGCUGGCUAAUGGAAGAACACUGUACGCCGGCUCUGUAACGGACGUUCCUGGUACUUUGGGGAAAGCUGGAUUCGUAUGUCCUCAGUACUAUAACAUGGCUGAUUAUUUAUUAGAAAUAGCAACGAGUGAAAAUUCUCCCAGCAAAGCGUUAUUAGAAAGCGAAGCAAACAGUUACGCGCAAGAAAUGAGAAAGAUUGCAAAGAAUGAUCUCCACAGUCGAAAUUCUAAAGCUUUGGCACCAGAAUCAGAGGCAUUGCUGAAUUCUUACUCGUCACCAACUCUUAAGUAUCGUGCGAGUGUGUGUCAACAACUACGAUCUUUAUUGUGGAGGUGCGUCAUCGGAUCGUUCAGAGAUGUCCAUUUAACUCAGAUACGACUGCUGGCUCACUUGAUAGUGGCGUUGCUGCUGGGAGCGCUCUACAGCGGCGCUGGCGCAGACGCGGGCCGCAUCAUCACUAACACCGGCUGCCUUUUCUUCUUUUUACUGUUUAUAUUUUUUUCGAAUGCCAUGCCUACUAUUCAUACAUUUCCAUCUGAGGCAACUGUCGUGCUUCAAGAACACUUAAACCGAUGGUAUUCUCUUCCAGUAUAUUGCAUCUCAAAAAUCGUUGUUGAUAUUCCAAUACAGCUAUUGUGUGCGACAGUAUUUUUAUUCCCGGCAUGGACGUUAACGACGCAGCCCUUGGAUGUACAUCGAAUGGGUCUAGCCUGGCUCAUAUGCGCUCUAGUCACUAUCCUAGCUCAGACGUUUGGCUUGGUUGUAGGAGCUGCUUGCGGAAUGAAACUCGGAUUAUUCGUCAUCCCAGCAGCAAAUAUACCAAUGCUGAUGUUCUCAGAAUUCUUUAUACCAUAUUCUGAGAUACCGGCAUACCUUCGCCCGUUCGCGACAAUCUCAUACUUUCGAUAUGCUUUCGACGCUUUCCUUCAAACUGUGUACGGAUUUGGCAGAGAAACCUUACCUUGUCAUAAAGCUUUUUGUAUGUUUAGAAAGCCUAAUGACUAUCUCGAUUAUAUGGGUUUGUCUCGAAACAUUAGCAGCGACAUAGUAGCUUUAGUUUUGUGGAUUGUUCUAUUACAAUUGACUUUAUUUUGUGUUUUAGCAUUUAGAGUGUAUAGAGCGUGUAGAUAGAAAAUAAGUAUAGUUAGUUCUUAUUUUUCUGCAUACAAAUGUAAAUAUUUUUUAUAGAUCUUGAGUAGAUGACUCUAAUUUUCAUGUAUUCGUUUUUGCUAAUUCGUUUUAAACCUUGCAUGAUAGAAUAUAAGUUCCAGAUACCUAUUUACUUAUAAACGUAUUUUUAUAGUUUGUCUAGAAUGCAAAAAAUGGUGUUGUUUUUUAUAAAUAGUUUUUUUAUACUUAAUUACUCUUUUAGUUUAUUAUUUUCUUCCGUUACAGACAUAAAGGGACCAUUUAAAUUCCUCAACUCUUUCUAUUUUUAAUUGUGAUAUACGUCAUUAAGCAAUUUUGGAUCGUUUAAUGUUCUUAAGAACUCGCUGAAGUUCAUCCAAAAUAAUUUUAUGUAUCGGCUUUUAUUUCUAAUAUUUUUGACUCGAAAACAUAAAUCAAUAUAAUUUAAUUUAAAUUAAAUAUUUUUUUAAGGAAUGCAGUGUAGAAUCAGGUAAACAAAGACUGUAUUUUAUAAAAGAAAAAAAAACAGAAAUGGUGCAUAAACAUUAGGGAAUGGCGAACAUAAAAUAUUCUGAUAACAUGAAAAAUAAAUAGGCCUAAUCAACUGCAAAUAGAAGAUGACAGCCCAUAGUUAUAGCAUUAAGGAAUGCUAGCCUUCCCAAGGAAUUAAGGAAUUACCACGAAAUCUUCACAAAACAUACCUAUAUGUGAUAUUGUUUCUUUUAAGUAUGAGCAACUAGUUUUAAGGCGUUUACACAGCAUAAUAUUUGCUAUAAGAAGUAAUGAUGUAUUACUUACGUUUUUUAUGUACAAAUUUUAGUUUUUUAUAAAGAUUAGUAUAAUUUAUUAUAAGAUACGUGUACUCUGUAUGAACAAUCUUGAUUAUAACAUGUUAAUUUUAAAUAAAAGGUUCUUUUACAAA